GUUGUUUUGUAUUCGCGUCGUAAGCGCGUGACAACACAGGACGGCACGAGACACACAAACACAGGCGCGAGCAGUGUUUUCGACGGAGAACGGAAAAUUUAAACACAGCUCUCAGCACCUGUUUCUCUUUUUCCCGCGGACAGAGAAGGGAAUACCGAGCAUAAUUCCGGUGGAUGGUUUUAUCCGCAGUGCCUCAGCCGAGCAGCCAACCGGGGAGCAGGAUGUCCAGGCAGCAGCAGUACCGGACCCCGUUAAAACUCACCGAGAGCGUGGUGGAGGUCAAGAGCAAAUUUGAGGCAGAGUACCGUCGCUUCGCCUUGAAGAGGAAUGGCCCCGGUGGCUUCCAGGAGUUCUACCGCCUCCUCCAGACCAUCCACCACAUCCCCGGCAUCGACGUGCUGCUGGGAUACGCCGAUGUCCAUGGAGACCUCCUUCCAAUCAACAAUGACGACAACUUCCACAAAGCCGUGUCGUCGGCCAAUCCACUGCUCCGCAUUAUCAUCACCAAGAAAGAGGAUGAACCUGUUGUUUUUGCCACCAACUCCCUCCAGAGGCGUAAAAAGGGGCUGGGUUUAACCGGACUGCGCACCACCGUCUCAGGCUCCACCCACUCAAAGAACAAACCGGGCCUGAUGAUUGGCCUGCCACAGAACUUCAGACAGAUCUCAUCCAUCAUCGACGUGGACAUCUUACCCGAGACACACCGACGCGUACGACUGCACAAGCACGGUACCCACAAGCCACUGGGCUUCUACAUCCGUGACGGGGUGAGCGUGCGAGUGACACAACAGGGUGUAGAGAAGGUUCCGGGGGUGUUCAUAUCUCGUCUGGUACGUGGCGGGCUGGCAGAGAGCACGGGGCUGCUGGGAGUUAACGACGAGAUUCUCGAGGUCAAUGGAAUCGAUGUCGCGGGAAAAUCUCUGGAUCAGGUCACAGACAUGAUGGUGGCCAACAGUCACAACCUCAUAGUGACUGUGAAACCAGCGAACCAGAGGAACAACGUGAUGCAUCGUGGGAGUAAAACCUCAGUGGCAAACUCUGGUUCAGUGGGUUCAGCUGGAUCUACAGGCUCCACUCUGUCACAUGACUCACCAAGCCCCGCCUCUCAGAGCAACCCCAUCACUGCAAGUAACAGCAUUGCAGAGGGUGACAGUGACGAUGAAGAUGAUGACGGGGACCUCAUUCUGGAGAAUGACUGUCUUACGCCCUACGACUCCCACCGGAUCACCAACAGUAACAACACUAACCUCAACACAGACUCGCCUAGCAACAAGCCGCACAACUCCACUGGGGGUAGGCCCCUCCCACAGAGCAUCUCAUUGCCCAAUAGUGUCGGAGUGUCCCUGAGUGACAGCUCUACGACGACGAUGUCCAGUCACAACGGAAACACAGCCAGUAGCAGUCACGAGAGUAUGAGGGAGGACGGCAACAUCAUAACACUGUAGCCAUGACAACGUUGACAUCUACACUGUAGCAGUGAGGACGAGGGGACGGUACAAUAACAGAGCGCUGUAACUACAACCACAGGUAGCUGUGCUCCCGUCAGACAGACAACAGCUACUUCCUGUUGAGUCACUGAUAUUUAAGGUGGACUGAGUCUGACAGGUCACUGACACUGGAGCAGGGGUUCUCAGUGGAUCAUGGUCUUCACAAUCUAUAGCCAGAACAACACUGACAACACUACAUGUCUGCAGCGUGAGGCUGAUGUAAUGUGUCUGGUUCCAUAAGCAAAACACUUUAUAUUCACCCCAGGGAGAUGAUUUAAUACCAUAAUGAAAGAACUGGUUAACAGAAAAGAUAAUUAUAACUGCUCCUGUAAAAGCCAUAACUCAGUUUGAUGUCCACAUGUUGAGGAAAUCAUCUCUACUUUACAAACCUACAGCUUCACCAAUCAGAGACAGUGACAGAACAGUAUCAUUUAAUCAGGGCCCUGUUUCCGUGGCAACAGUUAGGUAUUAUCCUGACCUGUGCCCAGAGCAGAGCACACAGGUUCACACAAUUCACACAAAUGAGGCUGUGUGAAGAGAGUCGUUGGUUUUUUGGUGGACGAUUGUUGCUGAGAGGAAAGAUCUCAGAACCACAUCUGUUUCUGAAGCAAAUUAAAUACCUGGAAAUGUUUUCUCCUGCAGCACCUGAAGGCAUCAGGACGUGUGCUAUGUUUUGUAUUCUCUGAUUGAACACUCAGAGCAAAGCUGUUCCAGAGCUAUAUGGGCAGUGUUGUGAUUGGCUGAGAGUGUAUUUAUCUGAUCUGCGCUGCUGCACCAACCUACCGCCCUGACUAUAAAUCACAAAACACCCAAACGUGAACUUUUGUAAGAGCAGA